AUGCUUUCACAAGAAAAGUGUGCUUAUUUUCUUGUGAGUAAUCCUCCCGAGCAUUCAGUGAUUCCAUAUUCGAUUUUAAUCACUUUACUUUCUACGAUAGUCAAUUUUAUCGGAUGUUAUGUAAUCAUACGGAAAUCUAAAAAAGAAACGAAUUUAUUCAGAUUCACUCUUUUUGGAAACUUGUUCACUCUUUGGCUAUCUCAAGGUUAUUGGGCAAUCUCUAUGAACACUAUGCCCCUUUUCCCGUUUCCAGCUCUUUAUUCCUCGAACUUUCUGAACAAUCUCGUCUCAACUUAUACUGCGUUUCGAGUAUGGCUAAUCCUCUUGAGCUUUUUUGUUUUGUUCUUAAUUGGACAGUUGAUAGUUAGACAUCGGAUGGUAGUACGACCAGAAAGUUUCUUUAAUUUCCCAUCUUGGUUCUAUAUCGGAUUUUUAACCAUAGGAUGGUUGACAUUAUUACCUUUUCUUUUGACAGUUUGGAAAUAUUGCGAUUCGACUGAUCUGGAAAAAGUUCAGUAUAUUGAAGAGAACUUCCCUGGCUGUGAGGCAGUAACUGAUCUUCAAGGUGUUCUCAUAAUUACAAACGUUCAUGCUUUAUACAUUUUGUUGGGGUUGAUGGUGGUGACUGGAGUGGGAGCUCUGGGAGUUUACUUCAUCUCAAGCGGUCUAAUGCUUUUUGAACUUUCGAAACAGACUCGUAAAAUGAGUAAAACCAACUUUAAUCAUCAGAGGAAAAUUGUGGUAGACACUACUAUCCAGAUUGUGAUAAAGUCAAUUUUCAUUUCAACAUGGCCGUUUUGGAUUGUCAUUUCUUAUUUUGUCAGUCCCCAGAUGGACACUAGAAUUAUCUCUACACUAAUCAACUCCUUAUUUGUCUGUGCCCCAAUUCCUGGCACUAUUUCAAUGCUCAUUUUGAACUCUUCAUAUCGAAGAUUUGUGACUGAAAAUAUAUUGAGAAGAAAAACGUCUGCUGUUAUCCCUAGUCGCUAUGCACUUCCAUUACCAGCGGAUUCAAAAUAUCAAUUUCAUUGA